AGUAGAAAAAAAUAAUAAAGAAUCUUAAUUAGCUAGCUAUAUUCUAAAAUGAAUAACAAUAUCAUAAUUAAGAAAGAAUAAGUAGAUCCAAUAGAAGAAUAAUAAGACUAUUUUCAUUUAGAAUUUAGUGAAAAAUAUUUUAAUAGUCUAGAAAAUAAAGAAAAAUAUUAUUUGGAUGUUUAUAGCCGCAUUUAUGAUUUGAUAUAGAGUAAAAAACUAAAGAUGUAUGAUGAUUUUCCAAAAUAAGUGAUAUAUCAAUCAGGAGUUUGUUAUGCGGUAAAAAGACAAGUUAAUUCAUCAUUAGAUAGAAUUAUUAUUAAUAUGAGUGGGUCUAGAUAUUAUAGGUGCGAUAAAGGAAAAGUUUAUAACAUAGGUUCUCUGGUUUAUCUUGAUGGAUUUUUUAAAUUUGAUAAAAAGCUUGGAAUUAGAGUGGUCAGAGUUUUUAGUAAAAGCUAAAAGCAACUUAACUAAGAAGUCUAAAAAUUUAUAGAUAUCAUUUUAGUACACAUAUAUAAUAGAGAUCUAGAAAAUGGAAACUACAAAUAAAAAACCAUAGAUGAAGUUUAUAGCAAAUCAAAAUAAAAUUAUUAGAAUAAUGAAGAUUCAAAUAGCAUGAUAGAUGAAGAUCAAUCAGAUAUAUAUGAAUCAGAACCAUAUAUGCCACCCUCUUAAAUAUAAUAAAAACUAAACCAAUAAGUAUUAUAAAAAUCAUUAAAAGAAAAUUAAAAUUAAGAAGAAUUUGAAUACAUUGAACAACCUUAAAAAAUAAAAGACAAUAAAAUAAACAAAGAUGAGUCAGACCGCUUUAAAUAGCUUUCUUUACAAAACUUGUAAGUAGACGUAAUAGCAAAUAUGCCUAAAUAAUAACUAAAACCAGAGUUAAAAUAGCAAUAACUUUAGUAAUAAGGCAAUAUUAAUUUUGAAUAUAAUUUAGAUAGCUAAUUAAGUUUAAAAAGUGAAAUAAAAUUAAAUAUAGACGAAAAAAACUAAGUUCAAUAAGCGCUUUAUUUAUUAUACAUGCAAAAUAAUGAACUUUAGUAAAUAUUAACAAAAAGAGAUAUAGCAUAAAAAAAGGCAGAGGUGGCGAUGUUAGAAUAAAAGUUAAAUAAAUUGGUUUAAGAAAAGGAAUUAUAUACUUAAUAACCAUAGUAAUUAAAUAUAGCUUAAAUUAUAUAAAAUAAUAUAAAAAAAGAAGAGUAUGAUAACUAAAAUUGA